AAGGUACAUAAACCAUAUUUUGCUCGACCCCCCUCUCUUACCUCCUCUUUCCUCUUCGCUCACCGCUUCGCCGCGCCGUCGACCAUGCCUCAAUCACCUCCUCUCGUCGGUGCCGCUUCUAUUAUGAAUGUCGUAGGUUGUUGAUGAUGGUAUUCGUUGUUGUUUGCUAAAGAAGUGGUUGCUCUCUCCCCUCCUUCGACCUUCUCUCCUGUGCUCUGUUCACCCGAAGUCGAACCACUGGUGGCCACCGUCAACUACCCGGUCACGCCGCCAUCAGUUAGAUAGUCCAUGGCGAACAGCAAAUAUGAGUAUGUAAAGUCCUUUGAAGUUCAAGACAAAAUUAUGCUGCCCACUCUGAUUGUUGUUGUCAUAGAUGGCCGCAAUUUCCGAAGGUUUUCUGAAGUUCAUCAAUUUGAGAAGCCUCGUGAUAUGAAGGCCAUGCAGUUAAUGAAGUCGUGUGCAGCUGCUGUUAUGGAGGAAUAUCCUGACAUAAUAUUUUCGUAUGGAUUUAGUGAUGAAUUUAGUUUUAUAUUAAAAAAGGAGUCCAAAUUUUACCAGAGGCGUGAAAGUAAGAUACUGUCCCUACUUGUUUCUUUCUUCACUUCUGUGUAUACCAUGAAAUGGGAUGACUUCUUUCCGCAUAAGUUUCUCUAUGCACCUUCAUUUCAUGCACGCGUUAUUCGUUGUCCAACUUUGGAGGUUCUUCAAACCUAUCUUGCGUGGAGACAGAAUGAUUGUCACCUCAACAAUUUGUAUGAUACAUGUUUUUGGAAGCUGGUUAAGGAUGGUAAAAAGAGUGAAACUGAAGCCCAUGAAUGUCUCAAGGGAACACGAAAACAGGACAAAAAUGAACUUCUCUUCAAUUCCUUUGGCAUUAACUACAAGACUCGCGAUCCAAUUUUCCGACAAGGAACUUGUCUUUUCAAGACUCAGGUCGAAGAUGUUGUCAAGUACAAGGAAAAUGGUGACCCUGUUAAGAGAUUACGGAGAAAGGUGAUGGAAGUUCACUUGGAGAAUAUAGCUGGUAAAAGCUUCUGGAAUGAGCAUUCAUCUCUUAUUUCAGAACUAGGCAGGUUUGAGGAAGAUAUUCACAAAAUCAGACCAGAGUAUACAGAGUCCUUUCAAUUUCAGGAUAAAAUGAUGUUGUCCACUUGGAUAGUGGUCAGAAUCGAUGGGUGCCAUUUUCACAGGUUCUCUGAUAUGCAUGCAUUUGUCAAGCCAAAUGAUGAACAAGCUCUGAAUCUAAUGAAUUCGUGUGCAGCAGCUGUUUUAGAAGAGUUUCAAGACGUAAUCUUUGCAUAUGGUGUCAGUGACGAGUUCAGUUUUGUUUUGCAAAAGGAGUCCAAAUUUUGUGAACGGCAUGCUAGUGGAAUAGUGUCCAGAAUGGUAUCAUUCUUUUCAACAAUGUACAUCAAUAAAUGGGAAGAGUUUUUCCCAGAAAGAAAGUUGAAAUAUCCCCCUUCAUUUGAUGGACGAGCAGUUUGCUACCCGUCAUCUGAGAUUCUUCGGGACUAUUUGUCUUGGAGACAAGUCGAUUGUCAUAUAAAUAACCAGUAUAAUACCUGUUUCUGGACACUGGUAAAGUCUGGAAAAACCAAGAGCGAAGCCCAAAAUCGUUUGAAGGGAACGCAAACACAAGAGAAGAAUGAUUUACUAGCUGAAAACGAUAUUGACUAUAAUGCAUUACCAGACAUGUAUCGCCGGGGUUCCUGUAUUUUCCGGGACAAGGAAAACAAGGCGCUUAUGCACGCAAAUUAUGCUGAAGAUUCUGGAAAGAAAAUAGUGAUUGAACAUUGUAACAUAAUCGAUGAUGGUUUCUGGGAAGCACACCCAUGGAUCCUUGGUGACGAGCUUUUGUCCAAGAGAAGUAAUGUUGGAUCUAAUGCUGACAUAUGAGCCGGUCCAAAUCCGGACUGGAUCGGACCGACCCGGACCAGAUCAGACCGAAAUUUUGAUAAUUCAAGACCUGAAGAUCAUACCAAUUAUGCUUGGACCGGACCCGUACCCGACCGGAAAAAUUGGUCCAAAAUCCAGACCGGACUGGUUUGGACCGAUUGUAGACCUAAUUUUAUUUUAUUUUUUCUAAAAAUUAUGUUAAAAAUGAAAAGAUAUAUAUAAAAAAUCAAUUGUUUAAGGCCGUUUUUGGCCGCUAAAAUAAAAUAUAUAACAAUUAGUAAUAUUUACAACAUAUUAAAGGAGAAAACUAAA